UUCCACAGCAGCGAGCAGCGAGGUCCCGGGACAGGAGCCGCGGGAUCGCACCCCUCCAGGUCAGGAUGAAGCAGUUAUUCCUGCUCUUCUUCCUCGGGCUCAUCACCAGGUCCUUGCAGAUCGAAGAUAACAAGAUCCCUGGGCUGUGCUCAGGGCAGCCGGGCAUCCCGGGGACCCCGGGCCUGCACGGGGGCCAGGGCUUGCCAGGCAGAGACGGACGAGAUGGUCGGGAUGGAGCCACGGGCAUGCCAGGAGAGAAGGGCGACAUGGGCCCUCCUGGAGUGCCCGGUCCCCGCGGGGAGGUGGGCAGCCCCGGCGUGGACGGGCUGCACGGUGAGAAGGGGGCUCAGGGCGAGUGCGCCGUGGCUCCUCGCUCCGCCUUCAGUGCCAAGCGCUCCGAGUCCCGCAGCCCUCCCCUGGCCGACCAGCCCAUCCUCUUCGACGUGGUGCUCAUCAACGAGCAGGGCCACUACGACCCUGCCACGGGCAAGUUCACCUGCGAGGUGCCCGGCCUGUAUUACUUCGCCGUGCACGCCACCGUGUACCGCACCAGCCUGCAGUUCGACAUCAUGAAGAACGGCCACUCCAUCGCCUCCUUCUUCCAGUACUACGGCAACUGGCCCAAGCCCACCUCGCUCUCGGGGGGCACCCUGGUCCGCCUGGAGCCCGAGGACGAGGUGUGGGUGCAGGUGGGCGUGGGGGACUACAUCGGCUUCUACGCCAGCGUCAAGACGGACAGCACCUUCACCGGCUUCCUCGUCUACUCCUACUGGCAAAACUCCGCCGUGUUCGCCUGAGCCCGCCCU